AUGGCUACUUCAAAAAAGGAUGAAAAACAAGGCGGUAUUCAUUUGAGAUUGAUAUCUGUGGAGUUGAAAGAGGCCUCUAUGGAUUCCCCUGCUUUCAGAGCUUCGGUAAACUUCUUCCAUACCAGAGUAGAGAUCUUUGAAGAUUUAAUGCAGAAGAAACUAGACUUUCUAGAUACAAAGUUUGCACCAGCUGCUGAUAACUUCAGAAGGGUUUAUGAAACUUUAUUACCACAUUUCUUACCUUCUCCCGUGAUGCUAAGUAAUGGGUUUAUUUUGAAUCAGUCUUUUACACCAUUACUAGUGGAUAAUUUUAAUAAGGAUUACCAUGAGUUCUCUGUUAAGUUGUUCCAACUAGUCAUGGGAGAUAUUAAUAAUCAUUCCAAGCUGGCAAUGGGAUUGGUCAACGAUGCUAUAGAACCUUAUAAGCAAAAGAGAACUAACUUUACGUACUACCAAUCGAAAUAUGAUACAAUGUUAGCAAAUUUCCAAUCUGUAGACAUUUUACAAGGAGGUGCAAACUCUAACAGCAUAAUGGAAGAUGCAUUCCACUUGUUUGAUAUUAAAAAAAGUUAUUUAGAGGCUUCGUUGGAUUUAACUAUCGCGAUAUCUUCUUUUAAACUGAGGAUGGAUAAGUUCUUAGCAGACACUUUACAAGUAUUGAAAUCUAAAAAAUCAUGGGUACAAGAAAAUGAAUUAAACAAGGCCGUCACUGGCAGUUUGACUGAUUAUCUUGAUGUUUAUGACGCAUGGAUUAAAAAAUCAAUAGUAUCCACAAGCCAAUUGACUGCGGAUAUGGAACAUGUAAAAAAACAACUUUUGGAGUUUACAAUUGCACGUUUUACUCCAUCAAGAGAAAUUGGAGACUAUACUAUUAAAGAUAUCAAUGCUACAAUUCUGGACUCCAUAAAGUCUAGAUCAGGGACUGGCUCCAGUCCUGAAUUUGCAGGUUGGUUAUAUAUGAAAACUUCUGUAGGUAAGCCAAGUAGAACAAUUUGGGUCAGAAAGUGGUGUUUUGUUCAAAAUUCUGUGUUUGGUGUAUAUUCUCUUUCUCCUUCGAAGACAUACGUGGAGGAAUCUGAUAAGUUUGGUGUCUCGUUAAUAGAUGUCAGAUUUGAAUCAUUUUCUCCAAGGAAAUUCUGUUUCAAUGUUCACAUAAAUAAAGAAAAAAAAUCACAUUAUUCUAUUGCCAAUAAGACAGAUAAUAUAGUAUUGACCUUCCAAGCAGAAAAUUUAAAGGAAUUGAAAAGUUGGUUUACUACAUUCAAGAAUGCCAAAAUUCUCGCAAAUAGAUUCCCAGAAACAAGUAUUGGUCAUUAUCUUGCGACAAACGUAUUCCCACCAAAAUAUUGUGAAUUCGCCUGUAGUUCAACAACUUCAAGUGACAGUAUGAUUACCACAACUUCAAUAGAAACAGCAAGCCUGUUAAAAAUGUUAAAUGCUCAACUUACGGAAUAUGAUUCACUGGCAAUUCUGAAUGAUGAACGUAGUUUAGAACCCAUAUACAAUUACAACAUGAUUGUCACUCCCAUAACAACUAAGUUUACCCAACUAGCAUUACUGGAAAGUUUGUUUUCUACUACAAAUUUUAUCCCUCAGGUAUCAAUUGUUAAUAUCUGGGGUACAACAAAUUGGUCAGAUUACUCAGUUACUAAUUCUUCAGAGAAACAAGAAGAACAUGAAAAUAUGUUCAAACCAAUACCAUCUGCUAUACUAAGGGAGACACCUACUUUCCCAGAGAGUUAUUCAGAAAAGGCCAGAAUAGUUGACGCCCAAUUCAAGACCAUCUUUUAUUCUUUUAAUAUUGACCAUAUAAAACCCAAGGACGAGAUUGUAUUGUUUUCAUAUAGAAGUUUCUGGUAUCCAAAUGACAAACAAUCGUUUUCUACUAUUGUAUUUAUUACUCCUAAUUAUGUUUACAGUUAUAUGAAUACAAUGGGUUUUGUAUGCCUGACUCGUAAGAACUUAAAUUCAGUAGUUGGUAUGGAUAGGGAUAAAUAUGAUAAACACUUAUUAAACAUAUAUAACUUUGAUGGAUCAAGCUCAAAGGCAUAUGUUUAUUUUGAUGAAAUUGAUGUAAUUGAAGCUAAGGUGAAAUUCUUGUUGGAGAAUAAAUUGGUAAUGCAUCCGAUGACAGGAAACGAAUUACUUAAUAAAUUGUCAGAAAUAGAGCAAAAAGCAUUGCGUGCAGAUACUACGAUAGCACCCAGUUUUCAAACUGACUUUGCUGAAGAUUCCAUGUAUAGCUCAGCUGGUACUGAAGUUAAUUUGAUAAGAUUGCUUGAGAAAUUUGACAAAGAAUACACUGUUGGCUAUAGACAUGUUUAUGAUUUUUCAAGUAAAGUUAUUUUACACAUACUAUAUGGUGAUCAUUCUGAAGCAUUCAAUCAUUCUGUAUUAUUAGCAGAACAUGAUAGCAAAUUUAAUAUGAAUUUAUGUUGGAUAGAAGAUAAGACUAAAGAUGGAAAGGUUCAAUUAACAAGAAAGAUUAUUUUUCAAUUAAAAAUGAAAUUCAAGGUUCAUCCUGACAAUCCACUCUUUCAAUCUCAUACUUCUUCCGAUUAUUGUAUGACCCAAAGGAUAAUUAAGAUGAUCAAUAACGAAUAUUAUGAGAUAAAUAAUGAUAUGAUUAUUAUAAAAUUGCCAUUCUGUGAUCCAUGUGGCAUCAGUACUAAAUGUAUCAUAUCAAAGCUACCUCAAACUACUGUACAAAAUAAAACGAAGGCGGUAGAUGCUGGUGCAAAAUCCCUAUUAAGUUAUUAUUAUAAGAUAACAUUUAUAGAUCCAAAGACUAAAAAGGCAAAGAAAAAUCUAAGUAGAGUUGAAAAGUUUGCAAAGAAGAUUAUGUUAAUUGGGUCAAAUAGAGAGCAUUACUUGGGAAGAAAGGCGAUUAAAUAUUAUAUGGACAGGAUUGGUAAGCAUGGUAAAACAAGCAAAGCAAUUAGUAUCUGUGGUAUGCUACCAGUUCUGAAACCUAAAGCAGUAGCCAAUUUAACUGAAGCUGAAAUGGAUCUUAUUAAAAAUACGCCAAGAAGAAAAGGUGUCACAUUUGAUAUAUCUUUUUCAUUAUUUGUAAUACUAAGAUAUCUAAUGAAAUGGUUAAUCUUCCGUACAAUUAAAUUGAUUAAGAAUGGGAUUAAGUUGGGGUUUGCCAUUUCAUUAUAUUUGAUAUCUACAUUAAUGAGAUUGAAUUCCACAAUACUGUUAGCCUUGGUUUUAUCUCUUAUAUUUAAUAUUGGUUAUUCAGGUAAAGCUGUUAAUUCUUAUUUCUCGGUAAGAGGUAUUAACAAAGCAAUGAAUAACUUUAUGGAAAAUGGGGAUAAUAUGAAAAUGAUAAGAGUUAUAACAUUAGAUAAAUUAAAUUCCUUGGUUAAAGAGGUUGCUGUGGAAGAUCCAAAUUCUGCAUAUUUGACAUUUAGGGCAAAAGUUGCCAAAAGUGAUAAUAUUUAUGAGGAUACCAGAAAUGAAUUAGAUAUAAAGAGAAAUGAAUUGCUUACAGAGUUAAAAAUGUUGGAGUCUGUAGAAAAAGAAUUAGUCAAUGGUGAUUACAGAAGAUUUUUACUAAGUGAAUUAAGUAAAUGUAACACUGUGAAUUCAGAAAUGGAUGAUAUCUGGGAUAAGAAUCCAUAUUUACAGAGCUACUGUGAAUCAUGUUCAGAUGAACUUAAAAGAUUAAACAAUGAUCUUCUAUAA